AGCACCGGAAGUUCUUUUUCCGUCAGAAUUUUUAUAGAAAAUUGCUCAUGCCGUACUGCUUCAAAUAAAUCUACAUAAAUUGUUCAUAAUCACAAAUGAUCAUGCUGCGGGACGUGCGCUAAAAAAAAUCCUCCCAACAUAAAUUCUCAGACCGUUUGUGGUCUAUAGAGAAAACUUCCUCUGAAUUUUGCCUAAAAAUAGAUGCAGUGAUGAAUAUUAAUGCGAUGAAAGAGCCGAAAAAGAAAUUCAUGCAUUUUCAGGGGUUUUGUUGUACAUAUUUGUAGGUAUAUAUGAAAGUGUUUGAGGCGAGUGAUCUUGACGUCACAAUCAUGCGAUCCAUUCAGACUGUUGAGUUGAGCGUCUUACGAUUUUUCGUUUCUCCAUCAAAGUAUUACACACCGCGCGUUCCGUGUCCAGUGGCAGUUGAUAAUACCCCCACCUUCAUUUUAAACAAGAAGUCACCUCAUGUUGAGUUGUUGGGAGAACGCGUGGUGUUGUGGUGUACCAAUACUCAAGUAGUUCAUUCGAGGUUGAACAACAUCUAAACGGCUUUUUAUAAGGCGCACACACCAAUACCGAUGAAUGUACUUUGUGCCAACAUUAUAUUGACAAAUUCGCAAUGUUCCAAACAGUCAGGGGUCGCUGAAAUUGAGAUUUGUGAGAAAAUUUUGAAGAAAAAGGCUUUAUUUUUGAGAAUAAUUGAUUGCUUACAAAUUUCAUUAGUUGCUGAUAAAGUUUUAUAGCUUGCUGACAAGAUUAUAUUGUUUGCUGACAAAGUUUUAUAGGUUGCUGACAAGAUUGUUUAGUUUCCUGACAGAAUAUUAUAAUUUAUUGAUAAAAUUGAAGAGCUUUCUAGCACAAUGGAAUAAUUUGCAAGUGAAAUUGAAAUCUGCUGACAAAGUUGUUUUGCUUGCUGACAAAAUAUUAUUAUUUGCUGACUAAAGUGUUUCUUGACAAUUUUUUGUUAAAGUGAUGCCACAAUCAAUUUAUUUUCUGAAAAUUUUUAACUAUUUGCUAACAUGAAUCGAUGUCUGACAUGAUUUGCUGACAGUGGAAAAAAGUUUGCAUAAAAGAAAUUAUUAAUUGCUUACAGAAUUAUUCUCAGCUUAUAAAGUAUGUUUUAUUUUAAAAUAUUCUCAUUAUGAAAAUAUUUUUCUGAUUAAAUUAAAUUUUUUUCUAAAGAAUUUUUAAAGGAAUCUUUCCAAUAAAAUCCUUAAAAAAAACAACAUAAGUCCCUUUUUCUCCUCGUUUGACGCAUCCCUUUGACAUUUGUUUUUCUGACAACUAAUCUAAAUUUUGACAACGUCAAAUGAUUUUUUUUAAAUAAAAAACCCGUUAAACUGCCAGAUUGCAAGAUUCUUCAUUUUUUUUUAUUUUCUCGCUUGUUUUUGAUGACAUGUACUGUACGAAACAUAUGAUCAAACACGCGAUAUACCCCCUAAAGUGUAUUGGUUGAGAAAUAUGUAUGGUUCGACGCAAUGCUCUCCCACAACGUGAUUGUGUAUUUAGCAGGCACUGAGCUUCGGCGAGAAUGGGCUUCAGACAUUCAUUUUAGUUCCACUUUGAAAGUCGUAACGAUUGCAAGCGUUUCAUCGUCAAAGUUUUCUUUUAAAUAAUUUUCUCAGUGAUUUUUUUGUUUAAUUUUAAAUUCACAUUAAAACAUUUUUGUUCUUCCUGCUGUGUCUUCACAAUAAAGAGAAUAAAGGGAAAAAUCCCUUCUUCCAGUUUUUCUUGUGUGUGUGAAACGUCUCUAAAGGGAGUUUGAGUAAAGUGAAUUUGAAUUAUUUAAGAAGAAAAGAAGAAGAAAAAAAGAAAGUUCUUCCUGAAUGGACAUUUUAAGAACCGGGAAGACGUUUUUUUUUUACUUAAGUGCUAAAUUAGUCACUAACUAGACUCUUGGUGUAAAGAAAAAAAACAGAACUACUUACAAGUAAAUGAAUAAAUAGUGAGAGUUGUGGACUUUGUUAUAAUGACUGUUUGAUGAAUUUAUUAUAAGAAAAUAUGAUAUCACCUCCAGUUAGCAAAAGUGUUGAAAAAAUUGUGAAAUAAUUUUGUUAAUUUAAUUUUAAGAACCUAAUUUGCAGAAUUAAUUAAAGUUUUUGUGAUUUAAAAUUCAUUAAUUUAAAAAGAAAAACAACAACAAAAAAAGUUUCUCAACAGUUUAAUUUAAAUUCUUUUGAAAGAAAAGAAGUAUUAAGGCGCGAAGGGAUCACACAAAAUGAAUAGCCUUGUAAAAGUGUUUAGUAAUUUUAAGGAAUUCUACAGUGAAAUUAAUGGUGCCACACUCACGGGAGCCAUUGAUGUUGUGGUUGUUGAGCAACCCGAUGGCACCUUCUUGUCAUCCCCCUUUCACGUGCGCUUCGGCAAGCUCGGAGUCCUCCGGAGUAGGGAGAAAAUUGUGGAUAUUGAGGUGAAUGGAGAACCAAUUGACAUUCACAUGAAAUUGGGUGAGUCCGGUGAGGCAUUUUUCGUUGAGGAAUGCCCCGAGGAUGAUUUGGAGGAGCUCCCAUCGAAUUUGGCCACAUCUCCCAUUCCGUCCAGUGAAUUUAGUAGUAGCAAAUUAGCACAGACAUCGGACUUUGUGUCCAGCAAGGAGGAUGAAUUGCAAAUCCCAAAGCCACGAAGGAAUUCCAUUGAUUUGCUCAUUGAUGAGAAGGACGGGGAUGGGGUGGUGGGGAAGAAGUUUGAGAAUCAGGUGUCGGAUUAUGCGCAUCGUCGGUAUACGGAUAAUACGAUGGAAAGGCGGGAUUUGGAGGCGUCCAAGAAGGAGUUUACAACGCAAAAGAUAAGGCAGCAAUGGGCUGAGCAGCAGCAAGAUGAGGAUUCCCUCCUGGCGGGGAUACAGGAGAGUGAUUGGCGCAAUAGUACAGCUGUUGAGGAUACCAAAGAUGUGGAGAAGGUGGUGGAGAAGGUGCUUGAGCGCGUUGAGGAGGUGGAACAGGUGCCGAAGGAGGAGAGUAAAUCGAAGAAGAAGCGACGGAAGAAGUCGAUUAUGAAGAAGAAGAAUGCCCAGAGGAAGAAUUCAAGUAGCUCCGGGGGAUCAAUUCAGGGGGAACCGGCUGAAGUGGGGGCAAUUGAGGAGCCACAAACAUCAUCCACCGAAGGGAGCCCCAUUGUGUCGGCUGAGGUCAAAGUGGAGGAGAAACCAGCAACGGGGCAGAGCUCCAUGACAUCUAGUCGAAUUCUGGAUUUAGACAUUCACUUCUUCAGCGAUACGGACGUCGCAACGGGCCAUAGCCCCCGGACAUCGCGCCCCUCGACGCCAAUACAGAGUGAUACGGAAUUUGAGGUGUCGCAACGGGAGAAGGGGGCAGCGGAUUGCAUGACAAGCUCAGCUUCGUGGAAAUGGGGGGAACUCCCAACGCAGGACGAUGUGGUGGAUGACAAGGAAGCCACGAAGCAGGCGCAGAGGAAUUCAAUGCUCAGUGGGAUGUUUAGUUUCAUGAAGCAGAACAAGAAGUUCCGCAAUAGUGCCCCUGAAGGGCUCUACUUGGCUGACAUUGACCCCGAGAGUAUGGAUCCGGAAGUUGCGGCGCUUUACUUUCCGGAACACACGAGGAAAUCCUUCGGCAUGGACGAGGGGGCCCACAGCAAAGGGCACCGAGAAGAUGAGGAAGAUCGUGAAAGUGGCAAUGGGACGUCCCUGCCGCAGAGCCCAAGCUCCAUUGAUGGUGCCAAGAGUUUGGAUUCAGACUACGAAGAUGGGAAAAUUUCCGACAAAUAUUUAGACUUGAUGGCCAUGUCCCUCUGUGGAGGAUUGGAUGGCAAUAAUGUUCCGAGUGAUGAGGAAUUUGAUCGACAUCUCAUCACCUACUCAGAGGUGUGUCGCAAUCCGUCACUUUUCUCCUCACCCAAUUUAGUGGUUCGCCUCAACGGUAAACAUUACAGUUGGGCAGCUGCUUGUCCCAUUGUCAUGACAUUGAUUGCAUUCCAGAAACCACUACCAAAUGCCACAAUUGACAAACUCGUUGCGGAGGUGAAGGAGGAAGCAUCAGCUGCUGAAGCCCACGAUGGGACAGUGGCGAAUGUGACGCAGAUUGAGCCAAAGAGAAGCUACUCGUGGUGGUAUUGGCGUCGUUCUGGGGCUGCUGUGGACAAAGGUCAGGAGGUGAAGGGAUUGCCACCAUCGGUUGAGCUUGGGGAGGGGAAGGAGGAUUUCAAGGAGGACGAUCGCAAGGAGGAUUCAAUGUCCUUUGCCUCGAGUACGGCUAUUGAUAUUCAGCAGGGUGGUGGAGGGGAUCUGAGCCCCGGAGGGAAGGGUAUGGAGAAGUUCCGGAAGACGCUGCGAUUGAGUUCGGAUCAGAUAAAGAGUUUGAAUUUGAAGAAUGGCAUCAAUGAGAUUGAAUUUAGUGUGACGACGGCGUACCAGGGGACGUCUCGGUGCAAAUGCUACCUCUUCCGGUGGCGCUACAAUGACAAAGUCGUCAUUUCGGACAUUGAUGGGACAAUUACGCGCUCAGAUGUGCUGGGACACAUUUUACCGAUGGUGGGGAAGGAUUGGGCACAAAUUGGCGUGGCGGAUUUGUUCUCGAAGAUCGAGGAGAAUGGCUACAAGUUGCUCUACCUCUCGGCACGGGCAAUUGGGCAGAGUCGUGCCACGCGCGACUAUUUGCGCUCCAUCCGGCAGGGAGACGUUCAACUCCCGGAUGGGCCACUCCUGCUCAAUCCAACAUCCCUCAUUUCAGCCUUCCAUCGGGAGGUGAUUGAGAAGAAGCCGGAACAAUUCAAAAUUGCCUGUUUGAGUGAUAUUCAGGCACUUUUCCCGCAGAAUCCCUUCUACGCGGGAUACGGGAAUAAAAUUAAUGAUGUGUGGGCUUAUCGUGCCGUUGGUAUUCCAAUCAUGAGGAUCUUCACGAUCAACACAAAAGGGGAGCUGCGUCAUGAAUUAACGCAAACAUUCCAAUCAACCUACUGCCGACUGGCUGAUAUUGUGGAUCAGCUCUUCCCGCCGAUCCUUGCGGAUGAUUUCCAGUCGAAUGAGUAUUCGACGUUCCGCUACUGGCGCGAUCCGCUGCCGGAUAUUAAUUUCCUGGACAUUGAGGGUGCUGCAAUGGCGCCCCUUGCCGCCCCCACUGCUACCCCCACGGCGGACUUGGUGCCACCACAGGGUGCUGCUGAAUAAAUUUAACAAGAAAAAAUUUACGUGGCUCUCUGCAAAAUCCUCCCGGAUGGAUUUUUUAUUUUCAAUUAAUUUAUUACCAUAUUUUUCAUUUUUUUUUAAUUAUUAUUUUUAGUUAGUUUUUAAGGCUUUUAGUCUCUCAUUUGUGAUAUACUCUGAGGUUUUUUUUUUAUAAAUUAAGUUUGUAAUGAUGAAAGUAGAUCAUCCAAUGGAGGAUUAAUCCGCUUCUUGUAGCCCAAAAUUACAAAUUAUUAUUAAUUAGUUUUUUUUUUUUAAAUUAAAACCGUGAUCUCUGUGAAUUUUUUUUUGAAGUAGAAGAAGCUUUUAAAGGGCUUUUGCGCGCGAAUUUCUUUUGGAAGGAAUAAAGUGAAUAAAAAAAGAAUUAAAAAUUAGAGGAAGUUUUAAAAAUUUAAUCAGAACUUAAAUGUGCUACAAAACAAAACAUUAUGCGAUAUAAAAUUAUAGAGAAAGAUGAAUUUACUCACAGGUAAUUGCGCUUUAUGUGCGGCAAAAUAAAAUGCAAAAAAGAGCAAAAAAAAA